AUGGACAUCAGUGCUGUGAGCGACCUUUCUCAUGAGACCUUCAGGUCUCUUACUGAUGAAGUACAGAGGUCCAGUUCUUCUACCUCCUCCGGAGGAAGGCAGCCCUGGUCCAGUGACUAUGGGAGCGAAUCUGAGACUGAAAGUAUAACUACAUACUCAGAGGAUGGAGACAAACAAUCGGGGAUUUCAGACAGCAGCAGUUAUGAAAUGGAGUUGAGAAGAAAAUGGAUUAACUGCCUCAAGAACAAAGAUACUAACUCUGGACAGUGCCAACCAGAUGCUAAAAUUCAAUCUGAAAUCCUUGCAGUAUCAGAUGAAGAAUUGAAUGCCCUGCAGUCUUUUUGCACCAUUAAGAUAAACCUGAUCAAACAAAAAGCAAACUCUAAAGGAAAAAGGAGAAGCAGACAUAAAAUGCCAUUCUUUAGAUUAGAUGCAGAGGCACCAAAAUUUAAUAUGUUAAACUCUGCUGUUCCUGAUGAACUCUUGAAUAGAACCUAUUUUAAAAACUGGAAUACAACACUAAAACAGGUGACAACAACUAAGCAACAUAUUUCUUCGCAGUGUCCUGAUUGUAACAGAAAAAGAGCAGAGCUGGCCCAAUUUGCUUUCCUGAAACAAAAGAAGACAUUAUUGGAGUCACUUUUACUCCAAGAGAAAAUAGAUGAACAUCUUCAUACUAAAGACUUUCUUACUCAUAUUGCAGAAGCACAUAAAGGCCUUCCCAGGCUUUCAGAUGAUCCCAGAAUAAUAUGGAAGAGACUAUAUGAGAAAAGUCAGAUUGGAUACUUUGGCUUUGAAAGGUCAUGAUGCAGGAUAAAUGUAGGAUAAAUGUAGAUAAAGGCAGGAUGAAUGAUGGAAUAGGACUUGUCAUUCUUUCUCUUUACCUCUUCUCAUAUCGCUUUCUCUAACUAAAUAGGAAACAGUGUUUAUCAAUUGUUGUACCUAAUGAGUAAGUGUUAUUGUUUGUUUGAAUUAUCAUGAUUAUUUCUACCAGAGAGAGAAGAAAGUGCCUGCCAUAGAGGGGAAACAGUUGUGGUGAGAAAUGUACACUGGUGAAGGGAUGGGUAUUGGAGCAUCCUUUGAUUGGAAUCCAAUCAUGGAAAACUUCAUAACUGUGUAUCUCACAAUGAUUCAUAAAAUAAUUACAAAAUAUAUAAAGCUACCAUAUAAUCCAUCAAAAAAAGAAGUCGUAACUGACAUUGGUGAAUAAAUGGAUAUGGGAAUAUAAUAAAAGGUAAAAACUUAGGACAAUUGAGACUAAAGACUAAAACUUAAGACUUACUAAAUUUCUGGAUCCAUCACUUGGAUGGAUGGUCAUUUUAUUAAGAUCAGAACAUUGAGAGAGAUUGUUAAUGAUGAAAAUGAUUAAGAUUGUGAUCAUUUGAAAAUGGCUAAUUUUAGGUAUAUUUGAGACAUUCAUGCAGAGAUAUGGAGGACAUAUUUGGUUAUCUGUGUUUGCAAUCCAGAAGGAAGAUUUGGCCUAGAGAUUUGAAACAAAGGGUGGGUGUUGUUAGUCAUUAUAGUUGAAAAUUAGUCUGAGAUGUGGUGAGCUCUCUCGAAGGACAAAGUGAGGAGAAAGUGGCUAGUUCCUGAGUAAUUCAAUAACUACAGGACAGAACAUAGAGAAGAAAGCAGUAAAGGAAGUAGAGAAGAAAAUGUCAUAGAAGGAUAAAAGAAACCAGGAAUGUGUAAUGUCAAAGAGGCCAAAGAAAGAAAAUUUCAAGAAGCAUGGGUUGUCUUAAGAAUGCCAGAGCAACAGAAAGUUCACGUUUAGUCAUGUGUUGUGCUAUGGUGUCCUAGCAACAGCUGCCAAAUAGUAAUCGGGCAGAUAGCAAAGCAAGGAAAUGAAGCAUAUGUGUAUAGACUAUGCAUUAGAGACUUCGUGACACUUAUCUUAUUUUCUAUUUCUUAUUUUCUAUUUUCUAUUCUUAUCUUAUUUCUAUUCUGAAAAAGCAAUAGCAUCCCCUGAAGAAUACCCUGGUAUUUUGGGAAAAACAUGAUUGAGGAAAAUAAUAGAAAAAAAAUGGGACUCUGAGAGUUCUUUUAUAUCUCUUAAUGUCUUUAUAAACUAUAAAUCCUGCAUUAGUAAGGGUACCUGUAGGUCAUUUAAAGAAAUUUAUUUGGAAAAAUCAGCACCAAUAGCCUUUAUAUCAUCUUAUAACAUUUUCAUUGAACACUUUCAUUUAUUUAUAUCUUCCUGUCAAUUUUCAUGUUUCUUUUUAGUCAUUUCUAAGUGAAAUGGAGAACAACCAACAUGCCAUUGUUUUAUCUUUGCAUCUCAGUAAAGUUAAAUCUCACAUAAUCAAAUUCUGAAUAAUUUUCAUUUUAGAAUUCCCCCACUAUAGGCCAUACUACUUUAUUCAAAUAUAAAUAAGCUAGAAAUUUAAUAUCAUCUUUUCUUUCUCCUGUUUUUUGUUUUGUUUUGUUCUGUUUUAUCAACUCAACUCCAGGCUGUUUUUCCGUAGGACCACUGGAUCUUUUUUCAGUAUAUUCCAACCCACUAAUGUCCAUCUCAGUACCACUUGUCUUAUCAUUUUUGCAUCUUCUCCAUUCAUAGUUUGUUAUUCUGACUUUCAAAGUGUUCUAUGUGCAGCAUCUAAUUAUAUUGCUGAUACAUUAAUCUAUUUGUAAUUCCCUUAAUUUAUCUCUCUCAUAUAUGGAAUGUAAAGAAACAGAGUAAGGAAAUAGCAAAUGGCCAAAGGCAACAGAACAUGAGAACUAAUAUUCUGUCAUUUUGAUCUACAUAACUAAUAUUGCCAGAGCAGAGGGAGGAAUAAAAGGUGGGGAGACACUGAAACAAUGGUGGAGGAGGGAGCCAACACUCUUUGUGAGUGUGGUGGGGGUGGGGGGAUGCAGUACUGGAACUCUGUAUGCAGGAAAUCCUAUCACAUCACUAAUGCAUUGCAAAUCACAGUGCCUCAAAAUUUAAAAAGCAAAAAUGCACAAAUAUUAAAAAUAGUUUAUGGUGCUUAGAAAUAGUUUAGAACAGUCCUUUAAUAUUUGACUUCAUUCACCUAUCUAAUCUCAUCUUCUAUUGUCUCUGUACUUAAGCUGUCCCACCAG